AUGGUGUUUACUCCCAUCUUGCUGCUGCUCGCGGCGCAAUUUUGCGGGAGAGUGACUUGUGCUUUGUCUUACGGAAAUGCGACCUAUGGACAGACUAUGACCUAUGGCAACAACACCUACGCAGAAACAUACCUCACCCCGACCGCCCACGGAACAUCAUGGACCUGGUCCCAAGCCAUAACGCCCGCGAUCCUCGGAACAGUCUUCGUGGUCAUCAACGACCACAACCAAACAAUCACUAGCACCUCUACCAACAGCGCCGCAGUCGCCAACAACACCCAAUACCUCAAGAACGGCACCUUGAGCCUCCUCACCCGCACCGAUGUGAACGAAUUCGGAACAGUCACAGGGAUCGUUCCCACUGCUCUUGCGGGCCAUACCGCCAUCACUUAUCCAACUCCAUAUUUUACGGUCGUCGAUCCCAUUUCCUGGGAGGGUCUCUUCCCAGAGGUGCAAAAUAGCGCAACAUGUUGCAAUCCAAUCCUCAACACAAAGUCCGCCAUCCCGCAGAAUCACUAUUCCUUUCCUCCCCUGACGGGCAGCACCAACCCGGCCGAUCCGCGAGGUUGGCUAUAUGCCUUGCAGACACACAAUCCAGUAGUCAAACUUAGCGGUUCCCAAAACCUUUCGUCGCUCUUUGCUCCCGCGACCAUUGCAAGCGUAAGGCAACACUGUCCGUACGCCUUGUGUCCCGAGCAGUCGACCGUUGCCGGUGCAACAGCGGCUCAGAUGGCCGGCGCUUUGCUUGAGACCUCGACGGUUCGUGUGACGGGGUCCUUCACAGAUUCGGCAUCGCCAGCAGCCACGCCGACGAAGCAGAGUGGAGAGACUUCAAAGACUUCGGCUAAGCUGCCAGAGGAAACUAAUCGUGUGCCAACGCCUGCGACAAAGGUGUCCACGACGGCUAAUCGAGCUCCAACCCCCGUUGUGCAGGAUUCAACAGAAGCCCCAUCAGAACCAUUGCCAUCAGGUCCGACAUCCGCACAACGAGACUCCGAAGUCCCCGUGAAGCCUAGUCCUGCAGUAUUGCCAACUUCCCAAACGUCAGCAACAAACAUUGGUGUUGCACUGGGUCAAUUGUUAGACACCAAAGUACCGACCGGCACCGAUACCACAACUGCCACCAAGGUUGGAGCUACAGCCGCGCAGGAAGCAUCAAAUUUGUUGACGAUAGACUCCAACUUUAAUAUAAUCCCACCAAAGUCCGCGACCACGCAGCGGGCAUCCAAGGAGCUUGAUCCACCCCUGGUUACGGAUAUCCCGUCAGAGUCGAGAACAAAUAUUGGAGAUGUGAUUGCAUCGUUGUUGCAGUCUGCUGAACCCAAUCCAGACGCUGAGACGCAGCAGUCUAGCGUAUUUGAGCCUCCCCAAGUAGCGGUCGGAUCAACAAGUCUGGCUCUACAAGCAACGCAGCUGGCAACAACGGUAUCCGGAGUCUCCACCGAUAUACCCGCAGUCAUCGUGGGCUCCCAAACAGUCGCAAUGGGAGCUUCCAACUCGGUUGAUGGCAUCCCAGUAGCCGUCGUGACAUCUGGAAGUCAAACCGCAGUAGUCAUCGACGGAAGUUCCACAAACAUCCUGCCUCAAGCAACCCCCUCGCAAGAAGUGGCAUCCCCACAGCCCAUCGUGAUAGGAAGCAGCACGAUAACCGCCAAUUCGGAAUCUCAGUACAUCAUCGCCGGCCAGACAUUACAGCCAGGAUCCUCGAUCACGAUUGGGAACACCCCGAUAGCUUUGCAAACAGAUGGACCAGAUGGUAGCGUGCUGGUAGUGGGAUCCUCUUCGUCGGUUUUGCAGCAGCCACAGCAGCAGGCACAGACAGCCAUACCACCACCUAUCAUCGUCGGAAGCAGCACCAUAACUGCCAAUUCGAACUCUCAGUACAUUGUUGCCGGCCAGACCUUGCAGCCGGGAUCUUCAAUCACCAUCGGCAACACACCAAUUGGUCUACAAACGGAUGGACCUUCGGGAACACUUCUCGUAGUAGGAACCUCCUCCUCAUUAUUGCAACAACAGCAACCAAAACCAUCAGAAAAAGCAGUGCCCAUUARAGUUGGCGGAAGCACCAUCUCCGCAAAUUCCGCUUCGGAGUACAUCGUAGCAGGCCAGACUCUCAAACCCGGUUCCUCAAUCACAGUAGUAGGAAGUGGAUCCUCAACUUCUGUGAUUCAGCUUCAAACAAGCGGCUCAGAAACGAUUCUCGUCAUCGGUUCUUCAUCCUCCGCCUUGCAACAACAACAGCCAACGACCGAGGUCUUGACCAUCGGUCCAGCGAAGAUCACGCCCCUCGCAAACUCCGAGUAUCUGGUGGGCUCACAGACGCUUACGCCAGGUGCUUCGGGUAUAACGGUUUCCGGGGUGGAGUACAGUCUUGCUUCCGAUGGGGGAGAAUUGGUCGCGGGGUCAAGCACACAGACUUUGACCAGCGAGGGGGAUGUUGGAGGAUAUAUCUGGAGUGCGUUGGGUGGAAGCAGCAGCAGCCGCAGCAGCAGCAGUGGGAAGAGCAGUGCCUCCACGACCAGGGAAGCUAGUACGACUACACCCUCCACAGUAUCGAGUACGUCUGCGAGUUCAGCGCAGACCGGUGCGACUGAGACCCUCAAGGCUGGCGCUGCGGAGCUUCUUGUGCGGCCGAUAUGUUUGUGGGUUCCGGUCGUCUUGCUGUUCGGGAGUUUGAUUUAA